AUGUUUGCUCUGUUUGCCCCAAACCACCCAAGAAAGACCACCUCGAAUCCCCCCCCCAGCUCUACCCCUCCAAGCUACCAGCCCACCACACACCUCAAAAUGAUGCAGAGACGCAUGCUCUCCAAGGAAGACGAGGCGGCAACAGGGGCCGACGAGGUCGAAGUGCGCCGCGAGGAUCAGGACAAGAUCAACAAGUUCAGCAGGCUGCAUCAGCAGGAAUUGAAUCUGGAGGAUGAGUUGAGAGCGAAACACAAGGAGAAGGAGGAUUUGGAGGAUAUCUCGAAUGAGCUUGAGCUUGCGGACGAGGAGGACAUGAUACCCUACCAAAUCGGCGACUCGUUCAUCUCGCUUCCCCUCCCCGAGGUGCAGGAGCUCCUAUUCACAACUUCGAUGAGAAUCGAAGAGGAGGUCUCGGUAUUAGAAGAGAAGCUGGGGACGAUCAAGGAGGGGAUGCAGGAGCUGAAGGUGGAGCUGUAUGCGAGGUUUGGACGGAGCAUCAACCUUGAGACAUAG